UACAAACUCAAGAAAAAAUUAUAACCCUGUUUUAGUUGCUGAAUUUUCUUCUUUUGGUCACAAAAUGGGAUCAAAGAAGGAUUUGGCGGUGAAUUUUUUGACAAGAUGGUUGGGGAAGAGAUCAAUGAAAGUGAAGAUUUUUUUGGGGAUAUUGCUUGCUUUUUGUGCUAUAGUGAUUUUAAGGUACACUAUCACAGAACCUGAAUUUUUCUACUUUGCCUCUGGAUCAAUCCAUAUUGCUGGUCUUGUUAUCCUUGUAUACAAGCUCUUCGUUUACAAGACUUGUUCUGGUUUAUCCCUCAAGUUCCAAGAGCUGAACGCUGCAUUCCUAGCAAUAAGAUUAGGUCUUAGCAUCCACAUGGAGGGUGAUUACCGCACUGUGUUUGAUUGCAUAUAUCUCUUGUUAACUUUAACGAUUAUUUGGUUGAUGAGAUUCAGACUCAAAUCAUCCUAUAUCAAGGAGUUUGACAACAUGUGGUUAUCCUUUUUGGUGGUGCCUUCCGCAAUUCUGGCAGUACUAAUCCAUCCAAGGUCACCUCAAUAUUACUGGAUAGCUAGAGUCAUUUUUGCAUUCACUUUGUAUUUGGAAACUGUUGCAAUACUUCCUCAAAUUCGUUAUAUGCAAAAUGCAAAGAUGAUUGAAACAUUCACAGGAUAUUAUGUAUUUGCUCUUGGUAUCUCAAGAUUCUUAGCAUUGGCUUAUUGGAUUAUUCAUAUUUAUGAAACUGGAGGGAGAUAUCUAUUUUUCUUUGGUUAUGGCUAUUAUUGGAUGGUGGUUCUUCAAGUAAUAGAGUUUGUUCAGUCUUUCAUCUUAGCAGAUUUUUGUUACUAUUACAUCAAGAGCUUCAUGGAAGGGCAACUUUUGAAGAAGAUGCCCGUUUAAUGAUCUUUGAUUUGGUUAAUACAAUACAGUAAACAAGAGUUUGUC